UGCACAAAAUUGUUGAAAACGCACUCGGAACAUAUUCGUGUUUUUUUAAACACAGCAACAUCAACUAUUUUGUAUUUCAAGUGUUUUAUAACAGUGAAGUAACCGAAGGUGUGUAUGUUUUGGCAUCGGCUAAAAACUGGCGUCCAUUGGGGAUCCGCGGUGGGGGUGUUUCUGGAUCAUAAUGUGCCAUCUUUGCGGUGUAACUGCUACAGCAGAUAAACACUUGGUUGCUGUUUAGCUAGCUGCUGCCUGUUGGCUUGAAAUCUAAAUUAUGUCAUCAGAGUUUGUGGGUUGUAUCAGGUACUCAAACCGGCUAUUACUUAGCUUUUUCGAAAGCUAGUCUUGCUAACAACGUCGUUCUUCCUAACGCUAGUCUAUUAGCCCAGGGGAAUUUUGUGUUGUCGUUUUCCUUUCGUUUGUGUCUAUGAUAUUACAUAAUGAGGCGGUAGCUAAGCUGGUUGAUGUAGCUAGCUUAAUAAACAUACGCCAUACUUAACGCCUGUUACAAACAUUUGGGAGGCAGUUAUUGUAUUUUACAAUGGGAGUCCGCAGAAUUUACAUUAGCAUAGGCUAUGCUACCUUUGGAACCAUGGUUGGACUUUCGGCUUUCCUGGUCUGGAAUAUAGCAUACAAACAGCCAUGGACGGCGGCCAUGGGAGGCCUGUCAGGAGUUUUGGCGCUCUGGUGUCUUGUCACACACAUCAUGUACCUGCAGGAUUUCUGGCGCACCUGGCUCAAAGGCCUCAAGUUCUUCAUCGCUGUUGGUGUGCUCUUCUCAGUUUUUGCAGUGACCGCCUUCAUUGCCUUCCUAACUCUCGCCAUCACGCAGAAGCAAUCUCCUACUGACCCGAGGAGCCUCUAUCUCUCCUGUGUGUGGAGCUUCCUGACUCUGAAAUGGUCCUUUCUCCUGGCCUUGUACUCGUACAGAUAUCGCCAGGAGUUUGCAGACAUCAGCAUCCUCAGCGAUUUCUAGUCGGUACUGAUUUUAUAGUGUGCAAUGGACGUUUUAAGCUGCCGGCAGUAGCUGAUCAAAGAGCUUUUGUAACAAAGAGGAAGGAGUAAAUCAGAGGCUGGAGUCAUCUGACUCAUAGUACAUGGAGUUACACUUGUUGUACUUGCUUAAUCUCUGUAUUUGUAUUAUUACCUUUUCUCCUCCUUUCAAUGAUCCAGAUACUAUAUUCCUGCAAGUAGCCAUAAGUCUAAACCUCUGACGGCUGGAACUGAUUUUAAAUUGAUUGCUCAAGGCUGUUUAUCGAGAGACAUGCUGUGUUUCUUCAGACAGAUUUUAUCAUGAGAUGGUUUAAUCUUAACACAUACAAGGAAAUCCCCACCAUAACGGGCUUUUAAUCAAAUAAGUUGUUAAAGGCAAAAUACUCCCAAAAGCUGAAAUCCUCAAAACCAAAACUAAAACCUCCUACCUGAAGCCACUCUAAUUGCUAGGUUGACGGUGUUUGUUGGAGUGCUUGAAUGUUUGUACCCACAUGAGCUUUUUCAGAUUUGCGGUUUCAAACCACAGAAUAUUCUCCUCACUUAUAGCUCCCUUUUUUUUUUUUUUAUCCAUUCACCAAUAUAAAUAUUUGAGUUCUCAUUUAAAGCUUUCUAGAGAUGGUAGUUAUUGUACUUUCUCCCUCUUCACACCCUGCUUUUCUUUCAGUAGAAUUGAAAAAAGAGCAUUCCUGUGGAAUUUUGUGCUUUUCAUGUUUAUUUCCACCAGGGGGAGACUUGCAUUUUUCAGUCAAGAGUCCACUGGACAAUUAUGACAUUCCUUUUAAGAGAAAACACUAAUCAAUUUAAAAAAUGAUUGCACUUUAGUCUUCUAUAUUGAUGCCAAUGUUUUGCACUCAAAUCCUAAUAUAAUAAUCAUGUUUUACACAUGGUCAUCUCUGUCUCACCCUUUUCUAAAUGUUGAAAGGCGAUAUAUGAGUCAUUUAUUUUACUGUUAUAGCAAUUUGUGUAUUUCAAGUUAAACUAGACUGAGAAAGUGGUUAAGUCCCAGCUGUUGUUCAUGUCUGCCUGCUACCACAAAACAUGUUUCUAUGUAUUUUUGUUGUUGAGCGAUGAUGAAUGUGAGGAUGCUACAUGUAAAUAGAAACUGAACCCAUUAAAGUUGCCUUCAUUGGUAAUU